UCUGAAUGUUCCAGAAGACUCGAGCCGUAUUGUUUGCAUCACUCCUGGCACUUGCAGAACUAAAAAAAGGGCCAUCUAAUUUCGGCUGUAGUGUUCCUAUCGGGGCCGCUGCCGUUAAUCUCUCUCGAGCUGUCACAGACGUCAUCGAGGUACUCGUAUUGCUGUCAGAUAUAUUCAGCCAAGCCAGUACCUCCGUAAUACUGCCAGUAAUAUUGGCAUGUGCUCGGCCACCAGUCUAGCCUGUGAUGCGGCAGCUUUUGGUUCCGGGCG